CAACUGCAGCCCGUCACUCCUGGCAACAAAAAAAAUAAUAAUAAAAAACGACGAAGAAGAACGAGGACGGACUCGGAGGAUGACGUGUGCAUGCAGCUGAGUGUACGCUCAAGGCAAGGAAAGACGGCGCUAACUAACCGAGGCAUUAGAGGACAACGGCCUGCCAUGUGACCGUGCUUUCACGGAUUGGCUCACUGCAGAUGUGACAUCACAGAGCUUCCUCCUCCUUCUCCCACUCUUCCUCUGCCUCUCUCUGCCCAUCUAGCUCUCUGUGCUGCUCUCUCUUCCUCCUCAGCAUCCCACCGCCCCCCACCUCAUCCUCACCCCUUCACAGAGAUGGCGUGUGUCGAUGCUGCUCAGGCGUCCGGGGCCUAGUGCACUCAGGGAGGACACUCCCCUCCCGCCGUUCCUCCUGCUUUCCCCCCGUAUUCGGAGUGUUUAUUCCCUCAGUCUGUUUUCUUGCUCGUGGUCCUCCAAGUGUGUCGCGGUUUGUCGUCGUGCCUCCCUUGUGCGAGUCCGGCCCUCUUGAGGGUGGAAGAAAUCAACAUCGUGCUUCACAGCGGUGGAGGGAGGUGGAAUGAGCUGUGCACAAUUAGCCAUGCCCUGCCCAGGCUCCGUUUCGGCCGCCUAGAGCUUUCUUCUUCUUCUGUCCACGUGUGCACCCCGGAGGGCGACGUAGGAUGAAAAUCAGCGACUAUGAUGCAAGGACUGAAAAAACGAACCAGGAAAGCCCUGGGCUUACGGAAGAAAGACAAGGACACAGAUGCAACGAGCUCACCUGACAAAGAGGGAGGCGAAAGCGGAAAGAAAGGAAAAAAAAAGGCCAACGGAGCUCCUAACGGUUUCUGCGGGGAAAUCGACUGGGACAGAUAUGCCUCACCUGACGUCGACGAGGAGGGUUUCAGCCUGCGGCCCGGUGAGGGAGAGGAUGCAGCUUCCAAAGAAAAGCACUUCUUCUCCUCCAGCGACUCGGACGACGAUGAGGACAGCAAGAAAAAGUUCAAAAUCCGGAUCAAGCCGCUGGUGGCGGACAGCGCGCAGUGUGUCCCCCCAUCGAUGGACGAGCUGAAAGCCUCCGUGGGAGGACUGGCACUCUCUCCUUCCCUGAGACGCAGUCCGGGGAUGAUGAAAAGAAACCUCUCAUGUGAAGAGAUUGCCCGACCCAGGCGCUCUACCCCAAGUUAUGCAUCUGAGAUGCCAAGGUCUGUGAUCCGCGCCUCUGCGCCGCAGAACGUUCCUGCUUUGUUCAGGCUUCCUUCAGACAGCAGAUAUGCCAGAUAUGACGUAAUCCGUAGCGAUGCAUGGGGAGAACCCAGACCGUGUUCAGAAUCCCAGCUGAGCCGAAGUUUUCCAACAGGAGCUCCUCCACCGCUUCCUCCGAAAAACUUCCCUUCCAGAGGUCGGUAUGGCUUUCCGUCAGACUUAGCAGCUGAUCUGCCCAAUGGUAGGGCGGCACGCAGCUCCGCCCCCAUCUACCUGAACAUCCUGUCACCGGCCUCAUACCGGGGUUCACCGGGCCCCGACCUGGAUGACGUGUUCGGCCCCGCUGACAGCACCAGAACGAGGGAGGACGCACCAUCUCCCAGAUGGGUCACGUUCACGGACGAUCGACCGCCACCCCCUGACGAGCCAGCUCCCCCGCCACCGCCGGACUCUCCUCCCCCAGACACGCCCACCUCCACGCCUUCCACGCCCGGCCUCUCACCUGGACCGCCCCCGAACGAGCCCCCUCCUUCUCCACCAUGCUUUCCCCCUGGCUCCUCCCCUCCUUUCACGCCGCUAGACUCACCCCCCUCCAUUGUUCUCGGCCCUCCGCCCCCAGAUGAGCCAGCUCCCCCCUUACCGCCUGACUUCUCUCCUACCGAGUCUCCUCCUGCUUUCCUCGAAGAAGAAGGAGUCGACGAGGAGGUUCUGCAGUUCGCAGGAUACGCCUGCGCCCCUGUGCCCAUCAGCCCCGUUCCUCCUCUGCCGGCAGAGCGGAGGUCCCCGCGGGCGGCGGUCACGUCUCCUUUAGUCUACGGGACUCUGGGAGGAAAGAAGACUCCAGAGGGAGCGUACCAGAGAGAUGAAGUUCCAGAAGUGACAGGCUCUCCCAGAGAGUUGACACCCAGCUUUAGGGGAACGCCGCCUCCUCUUCCUCUAUCUGCGUACCGGUCCAUCAUGUCUUCCCCUGGGCCCUAUUCUGGCAGCAGCCCCUCGUCUCCAGCCCGCCCUGCCACGCCUCAGUCCCGGGGGAGUCCAGUGCCUCCGCCUCCUCCUCCCCGACCGUCCUCGCGACCGAAGCUACCCCCGGGAAAACCAAUCGCAGACCUGAGUCGGCCUUUCAGCCCUCCGGUUUCAGGAAGCCCUCCGCCUUUUGCCCCCCUGGCCCGUGCCGAGAGCUCCUCCUCUCUGUCCUCCGUCACCUCUCACAGCACGGCGUCCACUCCCACCUUGGGUCGGGACCUCAGCAUGCCCACCGCAGAGGCCUCGCAGCCUCUGGUUUGGUUUGACCACGGCAGGUUUUAUUUAGCUUUUGAAGGCUGCUCUAGAGGGCCCAGCCCGCUCACCAUGGGGCCCCAGGAUACCCUGCCGGUCGCUGCUGCAUUCACCGAAACCAUCAAUGCUUAUUUCAAAGGCGCUGACCCCAGCAAUGUUGCCUUCUCCGUCUGCUGCAGAUGUGCGGUGAAGAUCACCGGGGAGAUGGUCCUCUCCUUCCCCGCAGGUAUAACCCGGCACUUCGCUUGCCACCCGACUCAACCCGUCCUCACCUUCGUCAUCAGCAACUACAGCCGCCUGGAGCAAGUCCUGCCCAAUCCACAGCUGCUCUGCUGCGAUACAGCUCCAGACGGUGUCGACAUCAAGGAGUUCUGGGUAAACAUGCCAAACCUGAUUACCCAUCUGAAGAAAGUGGCAGAACAGAAGCCUCAGGCGACAUACUACAAUGUGGAUAUGAUCAAAUACCAAGUGUCAGCAGAGGGGAUCCAGUCCACUCCUCUGAACCUGGCCGUGAGCUGGCGGGGGGAUUCCGUCAACACCGACCUGCGAAUAGAUUACAAAUACAACGCGGAGGCCAUGGCCGCCCCGGUGCCGCUACACAACAUCCACUUUGUGGUUCCGGUGAACGGAGCUGUAACCCGGCUGCACACCAUGAUCCCCCCCGCCACAUGGAAUCCAGAGCAGCAAACGAUUCAGUGGAAAAUCCAAAGCCUGUCUCAAAGAUCUGAAAAUGGAGGAGUAGGGGCUCUAUUGGGCCGGUUCCAGAUGGAGGAGGGUCCCUGUAAGCCGUCCCAGCUGGCCGUCCAGUUCACCAGCGAGGGAAGCACGCUGUCCGGCUGCGACAUCCAGCUCGUUGGGACCGGCUACCGGCUGUCUCUGGUCAAGAAGAGAUUCGCUGCAGGAAAGUAUUUGGCAGAUAACUAGUGAAAGCUGUCGACGAAGAGCGCUGAGGAAAUGUGGCUUUUUGACUGUGAGGACUACGGAUUCAUCCCACGUUUAGUGCUCUUGACUAAUUCUCCUCAGCAAGCCGUCGGCGUGAACGGUGGAGGUCUGCUACAAGAACACAGUUUAUGCAAGCUAACACAAAUCAUCCUUUGUGCACCUGGAACGGAUUUAAAGACGAUGAGCUGUCAAGUAUUUGUUGUUUUGGUGUAAAGAAAAAGACAACAACAAAAAAAUAAUAAUUGUAACUCAUUCAGUGAUCCAGCCUUAUUUAUUUAGUUAUUUGUUCUUCAGUUGGUCAUUGCUGUAGAUGCACUGUGAGAGGUGAUGGGAGAUGAUUGUAUAAAGUCUAGAACAAUCUGAAAGGGGGGGAACUAGAUCUGGUUGACACUGCCACCUCCCAUCAGACAGUCAGAGUGAGAGUCCGUAUUUUCAUCCAAUCAGAACCGUUCCCUCUGUUUUUAAGCCGCUUCGAAAUGAAAACUACGCUAAUUAGCAUUUUGAGGCGACUGAUGAGGAUAUAAAAUUUGCCAUGCCUUGCAAAAAUAUUCCUUUUGCUGUUUUUUGUGGUCUGUCGUUAAAACCCAAACUUCAGUUUGAUUUUGAUUGAUUUGGGAUUUGAUACAACAUUCCAACACGAAGUAGAGCCUGACUGCGAACUGGAUGGUUUUCAGUUGCUUAGCGGAUAAAAAUAUGAAAUAAAAUCCACCUCAGUGAGUGAAGACUCAAGAAAGAAAAUCAAUUUUUUGCUGCAAUUGCGUCUACAACCGUCUACCAACUCUGCACAUGUAAAGUCAGACAUAUUUGUCGUUAACCAAGCCACUCAGAUUCAGUUGAACAUUUUAAAACGGGGAUCUGCACCCUUUGCAAUCCAAAGAGCAGCUAAAUAAAACUGGCUUAGAGCUGCUAAUGUAACAAGACCUGUGGAAAAGACGACAUAUUUUUUCCUGAACAUCUGCUAUUGGUAAUUUGAUUAAUGUUUUUUUUUUAUUUUUGGUGAUUAAACUAAAGAAAAAAAACUGAUAAAUUUUCCUCUGUGGAAAACGGUGCAAAGAAAACGUCAGUAUAAGAGUAAUUCAUAUAAAUGUAAAUUAUCCUUUUAGGGUAAUUCUGUUUUGGGAAUUCAAUGUAAUUGCGGCACAAAAAAAAACAACUGCUGAGACCUGCAUUAGUUAGCACAGCUAUAUUUAAAAACAUUCGCUGGUUCUUUGUCAUUUUUUUCCAAAGUUAUAUCACUGAAGGCCUGCAGCUGCCAAGUUUUCCCCGUAGUUUUGAGCAUGCUGCGCUUUGUUUCGAUCUGUCGUUUAAAAUUAUAAAACAUUACAGUGAAGUUUGAUGGAAUGUGACAAAACUAUAUAAAAAAAGUUUUUAUGAAUCAAAACACCAAUUGGUAGGAAUGUUUGGGGAUUUUUGCUUUUCAUAAUUCUAGAAUUUGGUAAAAUGGCUUUUUUUUCCCUCACUGCGUCGGACUUCCUGAAAGCGUCAGACUUUUCAUCUCCUGGUGUUUUGACUUAGAGGAUCAAAUAGUGAUUUGAUUUUAAAUGCAAAACCAUGAGAAUGAAUCACUCCUCUUCAAAAUUCUAUAAAACAAAAUCUUUGGUUGUGUUCAGGACCAGCACAGACUUAUAGCGCUAGCUACAUUCGUGGAUUACGGAGCUCUGUUGGCACCCCUGGUAAAGAUGUGUAAAAAGUCUAAAAAUGAAUCAAUAUUGUACUUGGUUCCUCUGAUCGACAACUUCCUUUUUUUUAAAAAAAAAAAAAAGUAACAGCACUUAGUCUUCCUUUGUAACACAGAGAAGGAGAAAAACAUCUUUAUCUUUGUUAGCACACCACUAGCCAAAAGGUUAGCAACACUAGUUAAAAAGCUAGCGGUGGCCACCCUAAUCCCAAAGCUUUAAUCAUAAACAUUAGGUCCACUAAAGCUAACGGUGAUGUGUGGAAGCUAAUGCUAAGCGCUAAUUUCAGCCAUGUUCAUACACCAUGUGCUAAUGACACAUGUUAUGUAUUGUUCUGUAUAUUGUUUGGUUUUUUGUAGACUUGCCACCUAUUCAGUAAAGUUUCUUUACAUAAUAAAAGAGAACAUGAAGAGGGGACUUCAAAAUAAGAGCAUGAAUAUGAAUGUCUAACUACUUGAAGAAUUCAGUCGUUGACUCAACAACUGAGGUCUUCGUUCAGUUAACGAACGAAGACUUAACUUGUUUAACAUGUCAAACAAGUUUAGUUUUCACAGUUAGCAAAAAGGCUAAAGGAAAUGUUAGCAUGUAAAUGGAAGCGUGCCCACCACUGGUUAAUUUAAUUUUAAGUAGAACUCAUUAAAUACAUAGACAGAUAUUUGUUAAUGUUUUAACAGUUAGUUAAUGGCUAGUUUUAUCAAAAAAAUGUAUAAAAAAAUUGGUGUUUGCAAUGAAAGAUGCAUUUACUUUAAGGGAUUUUCCUCCACACAUCUUUCCAGAGAAUGUCAGUAAGUGUUGCUAGCACUGUAAAUAAAGUAGCGCCAUACUGAUACAUGCAACAAAUCAUGGUAGUAGGUUUUGGCGGUUUUAUGGGGGAUUUCGUUCGUUCGGUGGGUUGCGGCUCCCCCUGGGCCAGUCGGAGUAAACGGCUCAAAGUCCGACAUGUUUGCUGUGGGAUACGCGAGCGCAUACGAGUGCCAUACGUGGACGAGGAGGAGAAGUUGCUGAAGACGUUUCAGAGUUGAUGACUGUAGGAAGUUGCCUUUGAUGCUGCUAAAACCUAUACGGUCACUUUUUGUUGGCCAGGACCUCGAGGUCGUUAAUAGGGAGUUUUUAGAGAUGUUCUGGGUGUCGUCGGUCAACAGUAGAACGUCUUUUCUAAUGGGGACGGCACUAUUUAAGUCUCUGUUUUAUUAUUUCCUUCCUUUUGUCACCACCAUAAAUACACGAUUUAUCGUUUUCUAAUAGCAAUAUUUUAAAGCCUAUGUGUAAAAAGUGUACAUAUAUAUAUAAAUAUAUAUAUAUCUAUAAGAGCCGUUUCGGACAUUUGUCUGGACAUAUGGACGUGUCUGUGGUCGUCCCUUAGUUUGUUGAUGUCAGCACUCGGAAUACAUUUAGUUGACGACACGCUCCUCAUCUGGUGUUUUUUAUGCAAGUUUGUGUUCAGAAAUAAUAAUUUAGAACAACAAACAAAAAAAAGCUACUUCUGGAUGUUUCCUAUUGGUGCCACAUCAAAGUGUUUUCGUCCCCCACCGUUCCCAUGGAAGCAAUACCAGUUUGUCCAUCUUCAUCCUGGUCAUGAUGUGUGUGUGUGUGUUUGCUGUGUAGGUGUGCUUUGGGACGAGACUUUUAGCUUUCUCUUAAGUCUCCACUGGACGUUUCGCUGUCCACGCACCUUCGAACACUCACUGUCGAUAAAUCCGGCAUGUCAUUGAUAUACCUAGAGGUGUUUUCCAUGCGAUGUUAAUGCCGUUUGUUUUCGGUCGGCGCACAGAAUCCAGUUUCACUGCAUCUUGUCGCGCAACGUGUUUUGCACAUCACAUUCACUUUGUUUACUCGACUUGGUCCGGGUUACAUAUUUGCGACGACGUGUCGGGGCCAUUGCAGUUGGGCAAAAACGGAGCAUAAAUUUCUGCUAAAAAAAACUGUUGAAAUUUUGAGGUUGAUAUCAGAAAUCUCCCAGAAGAAAGAAAAAAAAAAUUCUGAGCUCUAAAAGGCAAAAAUUUUGCAAGAGUAAACCCACUAAAUGUUUUCGUUUCUUGGAACAUUUUUGAUUUUUUUUUUUAACUCAAGACAUUUUCAAAACAAAAUUUCUAGAAGAUUUCUGAGAUUAAUCUAAAAGAUUUUAGAGUUUUUUUUUCCAACAGUUUUACUUUUCAAGCUCAGAAAUUUCCAUGUUUUCUUUGUGGGAUAGAAAAUUUCAGAUAUUUUUUAGUGAAAAUGUACUCCUUUUUUUCUAUCUGCAAUGACCCUAAUAAACAGUCGCAGCCAUCUGAUUCUUUAGAAGAAAAAAAUGUAUUUUUCAGUGGAGUGUGCAGAAUUGAUUUUAUUUUUCUUCUAGUUUUUUACAGUGCCUUGUAAAAGUAAUCACGCCCAUAUUCUCCUGUUUUGUGACGUCACAACAAACCUCAGUGUGUUUUUUUGCAAGAAACCAAAACAAAAUGUGUAUAUGUAAAGUUACUGAAACAUAAUGGAGAACAGAAUUUUCCAAAGAAAUUCAGUUAAAAAUCUCAAAAGUGUUUCAGUUUUCAGAUAAGACUGAACAUUUAUCCAUGAGAAGUUUGACGAUUGUCUUAUGACCUCCACAGGAUGCAAACCAUUAAUUGUCUUAUUUAUUGUGAAUUAAUGGUUCAUUAGAUUAAAAUGAGUUCCAAUCGAUAAGCAUUGUCGGCUUAGUGUUGUGGUUCAGCCGCCAUCCAGCAGAGGGCGCCGCUGAUCAUCCUUAAGUGGAGCCGUAUUCCGAGAAAUGGUAAAAAAUAAACUGGUGUGGCAUGAACAAAAAGCACUUUAUGCUAUGUUUUGAAACAUAAACAUUCAAGAAGCUCAUUGAGUUUUACCUCAAUAUCAAUACCUCAUGCCGGAGCAGCGUAACAUGAUACAUUGGAAUCGGAAGAGGCAUGGUAAAAUGGAAAGACGAGGAGCCUCUGGUACAGAAGAAAACGCAGAUUUUAAAGAAAAUGGCCGCUUAUCAAUUAAUUGUGAAUAAACCCAUAAAUUUGAUCAACUUUAGAUCGACUCAUUAAUCAGGAACCUGCAUCCAUAUGACCUGCCCGUCCUUUAAACUUCUCCAAAUCCUUCUUCCAAAAAAUAAAAUAAAAUAAAAAAAAAAACUCCCUACAAAGCACACUGAGUUUUGUAGCUUUACUGUGACAAACUGAAAGGGUUUAAGAGGCUGUGGAUACUGUUACAAGGAUUUGCAUAACUAUAUUUAUAUAAUUUUUUUCUUUUGCCUUACUGAUGGAUAAAAACAACGGUUAUCAUGUGAUCCUCUUCCUCGACUUUUCUCUGCCUUUUGGCUGUAACGUUUUUAAUGUGAUAGAGUCAGAAUAUGCAAACAUCUCAUGUAAAUUUCACACCCAAAGCUUUUAAAAAGUAAAUAUAAGAAAAAGUCUAUAUAAUGUAACAUCUGUUUUACUUGGUAAUAAAGAAGAGAAAACCGA